AUGUCUGAUAAUUUUGAAAGACAUCGGCUGACUCGCUGGGUGAAGGCAGACGUGCCCACCUAUGGAGACGAGUGGGGGAGCGAAUACGACGAGUACGAAAAUGAACAAGAGAAUUUCGAGCAGCAUGCCAAAGCAGGAAAUAUGAAGGACGACCUCAGAUCCGCAUCCUCUUCCUCGCAAAUCACACCGGCUAUUGAUGGGCCAAGGAUUUCUGCUAGUGAAGCGGAGCAUCUCGUGAGCAACUCGACACUCGUUCUUUCGAUCGAUAAGUCCGAUUUUGCCGCCAGAAAAGCAGACCAAGACAGCUCCGAGGAAGACGAAUCCUUUAGGCUCCUGCUUUCCCAAGGCUCAAAAUCAAGCAGAGUAGGCAGGAGACAGCCUUUGGAAGAAACUGACACCUCCAGCAUGGUCUCGAAGGCUGUUCACGAGGCCUCUGAUUUCAUGCCCCCUACGCCCACCUACCAAACGCGUCACUAUUUCUCCCCCGGAAGCCCUGAAACAGAAGCCUCAGAUCGCAGCUUGGUGUCAGAUACAGAUUCCAUCCAGCGAGAGCCGGAUCAUUUGAAUAUCCGCUCUCCUCAGGGAACUAUGGCCGAGGAUUCUUCUUUCACCUCGCAUGUCACCAGUGCUUCUUCGGAUGUAAACACCAGUGAGCCCCCGCAGAUGCCGCAUCUGAACCAAGGCGCACCUGAAGCAUUGGUCCUCUCGAUCGACAGGUUGGACCUUGGCGCCAGCGAUGAUGACUCGAGUUUUGAUGACUAUAAUCUGGAAACAGAACAUAAUUUGGAUUUAACGGUUCAUGACGUCGAAUCUCAAAGCUCCAAGAAAGCGCGUGCCAUGGGGGUGGACUAUGAUGAGGAUGACUGGGGAUAUAACAGUGAGCACAGUAGCAAUUUUGAUGAGCACAAUGAAACUACCGACUUGCCUGAUUUGCAGUUGAAAAAAACCAUGAGCAACAAAACCCAUCGAACCCGGAUCAAAACGGAUGCUUUAGACUCCCUCAUCGAUGACUUAUCAAAAAUGGAAGGAGACCCGACGCUUUUCAGGGGAAACAGUUCGCGUGCAUUACACGCCAAUCAACCAGAUGGCCCUUUUACUGGUCUGCAAGAGGAAAUCACAGAAGGACACAAAUCGCUUUUGCCCACUUUAGACUCUAUCCAUGAUAUGAAACUACCCGACUUUGAGAACCACCGCUUUGAUGACACUGGGGAUGUCAGCACAGAGGAUCAAGCCCUGUGUUCUGAAGCUAGAGAGGCUCUUGGUCAAGACCUACAAACGGAAGCCGCAAAUACUCGCAAAACUUCCAUAAGGAAGCCACCUUCAACGCUUUCAAUACAAAGUGAAAAUUUACCCCCACUUGUCCCACGAGAUUCAAAGACGCGACUUGAUGAUGUCUCUAAUGCCAUCUCUGAGGACCCUACGAAUAAAUCUGUUGAAGAAAUGAAGAUGCCUCAACCCAGAGAUUUUUCUGACAGAAACGCUGAUAUUAAAGAUCCCAAAGCUCUAGACCUCGUGCCGCCUCCAAUUAGCAAGGACUCUGCUGCGGUCAACAGAAGAGAUUCAACGAUGUCAACAGCAACUUUCAAUUUAGGUGCUUGGAAACCAAACACUAGCAUAUACCGGGAUCAAUUUGUUGGUGACAAUGACAAUGAGUCGCAAAUGAACGUCAAUAUAUUCAAUAAGGAUGACCUGGCCUACAAAAAGUUCACUCGCUUAGGUCCCGUCUCGUCUUACGCUCCCUCUAUCUCUAACUCAAGCUGUGUGUCCGUUCCUGACACGGUUGAUACAAGUCUACAGCGUAUCAAUGAAGACCACCUGGACGAAGACUUUUCGGAUGCGAUAUCAGUGGCUAAGUCAUAUCAGCCAGUCACUCCCUAUGAAUCGCCUGAUCACAGUCUCGAGUCCUCUGUCUUGUACGAUCACAACUACGAGAAGCCUAAAUUUCACGAGGAGACCCAUACUCCGGUAGAUUCCGUCGAUGAGCUCAGCCCAAUUCGUGAAGAAGGGGAGUGUCAAGCUGUUAGUACUGGAACUUCUGGAACUAAAAUUAUUGAACAGGCAGAGUCGAAUACCAAAGUCAGUCACCCACUGCAAGUCAAAUACCCCGUUUCAAACUGGAAGAAGAUAAUGGCUAUUUCGCAGCCCAUUGAUAGAAUCGAGCUCCUUAAAAAAGCUAGAAUUGAUGAAAUGAACUAUGAAACCGGUUUGUCGCAAUGGCUCCGUGAGUCACUCAAGUCCACUGAGUCCCCUCAUAUUCAAAUUGGAAAAUUGGCUACUCAGGCCUACAAAAAUGCUCAGCAUAGCGACAUAAGAAGACACACGUCUAUCAGGAGCAAAGUCAAUUUAGUGAGGGACAAGAUUGAGCCGGGUCAUCUUGGCAUGCACGCAUCUAGUUUGGGCAGGAAAUUCUUGAGUCGAGGAAAAAAACUUAUGAAGCAGAGCUCAGAUUGACAUGACCGCCAAUGAUAGGCUCAAAUAGUAAGAGUUAUUUCAUUUUUUAUUCUUAUUCAGUGAUUCUGACGACUUAUCAGAGCUCGAAAAAUCUCCUGCAAAUCACAUUCGUAAGACGAUAUACAACUGCCCUCAAGAUGAAGAUGAUUUAUCUUUCUUUGGAAUCACGCCUUUGGCAUGUCUUUUAUUGAUUUAAAACGGUAAGCCCUGUUUUAGUCCAAAAGAUCAGAGAGCCCGAAAGGUCAGACAGCCAUUGAUAGAUAAAGUAUGUGUUUGAAAAAACAUUCUCCGCGACGGGGAAUUGAACCCCGGUCUACCGCGCGACAAGCGGUAAUUCUAGCCACUAAACUAUCACGGAUAUGAUGUUGAAAAGUGUUAUGAUACGACAUGAGCAAGAUUAUAGAUUCUUGGCAUCCUGUAUAAUACGAAGGACGAAGAGUCUAAACAUUCCUGAUC